GUCAGCCUCCGCGGCCAGUGGCGGAUGGGCUUCGACGCGGCUGUGGGGGCCAGGGACCUGCUCGAGAGCUACCUGCCAGCGUUCGAGGCGUGCGUCGGGGCCGGUGCAGAGCAGGUCAUGUGCAGCUACAACUCGGUGAACGGGGUGCCAGCUUGCGCCGUGGUCUCUGAUUUCGACGCCUGGGCGAACUUGGUCGAGCCGGACCGGUUUGUGGAGAAUCUCACGAUGGCGGCGGCGGUGGGGCUGAACGCUGGCAUGGACCAGGUCGGGGGCCGCGAGCUCGCGCUCCGCGCGGCCCGGGCUGCGGUCUGCCUCUACAGCAACCGCGGGGCCGUGCUGCCCCUCCGCGCGCCCGCGCGCGUGGCCGUCGUGGGGCCCGGGGCGGUGAUGGGGCAGCUGCUGCUCGGGAACUACAUGGAGCCCGGGGCCCGGCCCGAGGGCAUCGACCGCCUCCUCGAGGGCAUCGCCCGCCGCGCGGGCGAGGGCCGCAGCUUCCUGGAGGCCGUGCGGCGGUGCGAGGGCGCGGCCUCCGUCUGCGACAAGCUCGUCGGGUCCUCCGUCACCUUCGCCGCCGGUUGCCGGUCCGUGAGCUGUCCAGAUCAGACCGCGUUCGCCGAGGCGGAGGCAGCAGCGGCGGCUGCCGACGUGACGGUGGUCGUGCUGGGGCUGCGUUACGAUGCCAUCGAGGGCUGCGUUAAUUGCACCGCCAAUGACCCUCCAGACACGUGCGCCACGAGCGGGUGCGAGUCGGAGGGCUUCGACCGCAUCACCAUCGAGCUGCCGCCGAACCAGUAUGCCCUGGUCCGGGCUCUGCGGCGCAGGACGUCUCGGCCCCUCGUCGGCGUCUUCGUCCACGGGGGCGCGUUCGCGCUCAAGAACCUCGGGAGCGACCUGGAUGCGAUGCUGGACGCCUGGUACCCAGGAGAAGCUGCGGGCGAGGCAGUUGCGAGCAUCCUGUUCGGUGAGCACAGCCCUGCAGGGCGAAGUGCCGUCACCUGGUACAGCGGUGACCGUGACCUCCCGGCAGAUCGGACGAACAUGAGCUGGUAUGCAGCCCGUGGCUAUUCUUAUCGUUUCUUCCAGGGGAGCCCAGACAUUCCGUUUGGGCACGGGCUCAGCUACACCACAUUUUCAUACGAUGCUGGCUUCACCAACCGCGAGGUUGAGAGCUGUGGCACCAUCGGCAUCACCAUCACCGUCCGCAACACUGGCGCCCACGACGGCGACGAGGUGGUCCAGGUGUACAUCGUGCCCGUGUCGCCAGGUGCGCCGCAGCCGCAGCUCCGACUGGCUGCCUUCGAGCGCAUCUCCCUGGGGCGUGGCGCCUCCAAGCCCCUUCCUGCGCUUCCGGCUGGCCCCGGAGGCCCGCGCGGUCGUGGCGGGGGGCGGCCGGCCGUACCUCGAGGCGGGCCCCCUGGACCUCUGGGUCGGCGGCGGGCAGCCGGGCCGGGCCGCGGGCUGGCGGCAGAGGGUCCUGGUGCGCGGCCCCGCGCGGCCGCUCGGCGCGUGCGACCCGGGGCCCGUGUACGUCUAGAACUCGGCGCGCAGCACGGCGCCGCUCGACGCCGGACGCAGGAGUGGCCCCUCGCUGGAGCGACCUCUGGCCUGCGGGCCCGGACGGGGUCCCCCGAGCGCCGAGGGCGAUGCGGCGGUUGCGCCUGGCGCGCUCUUGGGCUCGGCCACCCCGCGGCUCCCCGCGCGCCGCGCACCGGAGGUCGCUCUUGCCCAGGGUCACUCUGA